AUGGCUUUCCCAAAACUGAGUCUUAAGCUUCUUGUUGACAAGAAAGGUGAAAGAGUGUUAUUUGCAGAAGCCUCUAAAGAUUUUGUGGAUUUCUUUUACCACAUUUUCUCUUUGCCUUUGGGUACUCUCAUCGAGCUCUUAGGAUCGAAAAACAUGGUGGGUUGUUUAGGAAAACUCAAAGAUAGCAUUGAAACCUUUAAUGGAAUCGACCUACAACAUGAUAUCCGUGAAGAUGACAUUUUUAAUCUCAAUUCAGCUUUUAAUGAAAAGAAUAAGUUAUUGUUGCCCUGUAAUGACAAACCUAUUAUCUCAAGUAAAAUGCUCUACGGGUGUAGUUCGUUUCAUAAUGACGAAAUGAACGUGCCUAUGUAUAUUGACCAAGAAGAAGACGACGACGAGUCUGAUGAAGCAUAUGACAAUGAUGCAAGUUGUGAGAAAUAUGUGACGGAUCAUCUGGAUGCUCUUUGUCCUUCUUGCAAUUCUUUGAUGAAUGCCCCUUUAAACUAUGUUGCUCCCUCAAAUAAAACUUGUACGAGUAUAAUUGAAGAUUGGAAAGAGAAGAAAAAGUCGUGGAAAGGGUAUGUGAAAGAGCCUGUAACGUAUAUGGUGUUGGAUGAUUUGGAAGUGAAAUCCAUGUCCUCUAUUUCAACCAUCUCUUUUAUCAAAGACAUUGGUGUUAAGGAUUUGAGUCAUUUAGAGGAAAAGAUAGUAACUUUUGAAAACGCUGAGGGCUGUUUGGGACUUCCAGGCCUUGUUACUGGGCUUAGGCUCUGGUUGGACUUUUUUACAUUUUUGAAGCUGUUGAAAGCUUCGUUGAUAACCGAUAAGGUGUUAACCACUGUAUUUCUACAAAACAAUCUUGCUUAUGAAUAG